CUCCCCCCCAACGGCCACAGCAGCAGCGCAGGCGCAGCAGGGGUUUGGGUUUGGGGGUUCCCGAGGCAGAAAAGCGAGAGGAAAGGGGGAAGCGGAAGCGUCGGAGACAGCCCCCCCGCCCCUUCUGUACGCGCCGCGCCUACCAAGAUCCUUCCCUCAGGCUCCAAGCACGCGCCGCCGCCAUUGUUAGCGAGGAGAGGAGGGAGGGCAGCAGAGGCCACUUGGCAAGGGGCGCGCCGCGGCACAACUGGAAAGAGCAGAGCGCGGAGGUGAGACAGGAGCAGGGAGAGCAGCCCCCGCGCCGGCCCGAUUAGGUCUCGUUCCGGUUCUCAUCGGGUUUCUGUUCGUGCUGCUGGGGCUGAUCGUUUCGGCGUCCUGCGCUCGGUCCACUCCGAUCGUGAUCGGAACGCGCCGCCGCAAUGGCAAGGUCAUGGCUUAUAACUUGUAGGGGUGUUGCCAAGAAAAUUAGGAAUGUGAACUGCUCUAGUAGCCAGAUAAGUGAAGCGGGUGCAGAAGCAUGCCGGGAAUGUCCGAACUGCAAACAUCUCAUCGAUAACAGUGAUGUUGCAAUACAGUGGCCUGGGCUGCCUGCUGGCGUGAAGUUUGAUCCAUCUGAUUUGGAAUUGCUUGAACAUUUAGAACAAAAGGUUGGCCUCGGAGAUUCAAAGCCUCAUAUGUUCAUUGAUGAAUUUAUUCCUACUCUGGAGAAUGAUGAAGGGAUCUGCUAUUCACAUCCUGAAAAUCUUCCUGGCACAAAGAAAGAUGGAAGCAGUGCUCAUUUCUUCCAUAGAGUUUCAAAUGCGUAUGGUUGUGGCAAGCGCAAGCGUCGAAGGAUCAGCAACAGUGUCCACACCACUUCUGAUGAGCAUGUGAGAUGGCACAAGACGGGUAAAUCAAAACCCAUAUAUGACAAUGGUGUUAUGAAGGGUUGGAAGAAAAUAUUGGUUCUGUAUAAAAGCUUACAAACCGGUAGCAAGCCAGAUAAAACUGACUGGGUGAUGCAUCAGUACCAUCUUGGAGUAGAGGAAAAUGAAACAGUUGGGAAGUAUGUUGUUUCCAAAAUUCUAUAUCAAAUGAAGACAAAGCACAUGGAAAAGUCUGAAACAGAGAUUGCUAAUGAAGAAUUUGAUGCAUUUACUGCGAGGAAUGGUCCAAAAACUCCCAAGGCAAACACCCCGAAGCCAUGUCGCACAAAUAAUAGUCCGUGUGGAACUGAACAGAAUGAUCUCAUCUUGCCAGACGAGGAAGGAGAAAUACCUGAUGUUAGACUGUUUGAUGGCGCUGAGAACCCUGCAUGGUGUGAUAUAGGGUCUCAGGCUGUUGAGGUAGCAUCGCAGGCCCAGCCGAACUUGGAAGAAUCCCUGCAUUGCCAUGAGGUUUUGGAUUCAAUCCUUUCCUUAGAUAGGAAUGAGACACUCGGCAAUAACCUGAGUGCGUUUGAUGGAUUACCUGAUAAUUUCGACCUUGGAUCACUUCCAGAUUUUCUGAUUUCUGGCCAGGACGUGCAGUUCUGUUCAAUCGGAAGCUUUGGCAGCUGGCUUGACUCCACAGAUCCGUUGGAGACGUAAGUAAUCGCAAGAAGUGCAUCAUCGAAGACCAUCAUUGUAUGCUUGGCAACAUUUUGGGGGUCGACUUGGCAAGGUAGAAGUUUUAGGUCUGCGUUGGGUCAUUGAACAGUUGCAGAAACACCCGAAAACUCAUUUUGUUUCCUGAAAACCAAAAAAAGACAUGUAAUGUGGUGGGUUUAUUUCUGCAAUGUGUGGUAGAAACCUGGAGUAAUUUAGGUAUUUAUGUCUUUAAUGCAUGUAAUCGUAGAGGCUUCUUACUUGGUUGAAACAUAUGUGAUGUCAUUAAUGUGAGUUGGACCUUGCUAAAUGCUGCAUGUCCUAUUAUAUUGUAAAAACUAGCUGCUCUAACGGAUUUGGUUCAAUGCUGAGAUGGUCUGACGCUGGCUAUCGCCCUUAAUGAAA